AUCGUCAUUAUAUCACUGCUAUUUAUAACCUUGCGAGUGUUACAAAUGUGGAGAGGUCCCCCCUCUCGAUCUCUCCUACAGAGAUAGGUGGCCGGAGGGAGGGACAGCAUGGUCUAGCGUGUGUGCAAAGGUGUUUCGUGUGUACAUGGGAAUCCUUUUCCCUUGCUCUCUCUAUCUCUUCAGUUAAAGCGAUCAACACAUGGAAUUCCUGUCUCCAAAUCUUUAUUAAUUACUGCCUCAUAACCCCCAUCACCCUCCUUCCCUUUCCUCUCCCCUCUCUCCUCCUGCACCGGUGCACCCCCAUCUUCUUCCUCCGGCCUCGUGUGAGAUCCUCUUACAUGUGAUCAUGCACAGGCUGAGAGGGUAAGAAAGGGUGUACUACUUACUCUUGGCAGCGAGAAGAAUUGCAGCUGGCUCUCUAACUAGCAGCCAUGGAUUGUGCAACAACCGGCAGUGGCGACGGCAGCCACCACCUCAUCGGCUCGAGGAUGGAGGAGCAACGGAAGUACAUGUCGGAGUCGAGCUGCUGCCCACGGUGCGGCCACAAGAUCGACCGGCUUCUGGACUGGGUGGGGCUGCCGGCUGGGGUGAAGUUCGACCCGACGGAUCAGGAGCUGAUCGAGCACCUGGAGGCCAAGGUCCGGUCCGGCGUCGCGGCGGCGCCGUCACACCCGCUGAUCGACGAGUUCAUACCCACCAUUGAAGGGGAGGACGGCAUCUGCUACACCCAUCCUGAGAAAUUGCCAGGUUUGACCAAGGACGGUCUGAGCAGGCACUUCUUCCACCGCCCGUCCAAGGCCUACACCACCGGCACGCGCAAGCGUCGCAAGAUCCAGCCGCCCGCCGCCGCCACCUCAUCGGCCUCCGCCCCGGCAGUGCAGUCGCAGCAGCAGCAGCAGCAGCAGCAGCGGAGCGAGACGCGGUGGCACAAGACCGGAAAGACACGACCGGUGGUAGUCGCCGGCCGGCAGCGGGGGUGCAAGAAGAUCCUGGUGCUCUACACCAACUUCGGCAAGCACCGCAAGCCGGAGAAAACCAACUGGGUGAUGCACCAGUACCACCUCGGCGAUAACGAGGAGGAGCGCGAGGGCGAGCUCGUCGUGUCCAAGAUCUUCUACCAGACGCAGCCGAGGCAGUGUGGCGUCGCGGAAGCCACCGCCACCUCCGCGGCAGCAGCCGUGGAGAGGAGUGACCACUCGGCGGCGCCCAUGGCGGCCUCAUCCAAUGUCAGUGCGGCGUUCCACGGCGCCGCCGGCAUUGACGAGUUCAGCUUUGCGCAGUUCAGGAGCAGCUUCGAGGAGGUGGGCGUGGGAGCGUCAGGUCAGGUUCAAGCUAGGGCUGAUGACGAAGUGCAUGCAGGGCAUCAUCAUCAUCACCUUCACCAGGAGCAUGAUCCUCGGCAUCGAUAUGCUAACCAUGAGCAGCAGCGCAUGGCCGCAGCCGCGGGAGCAUUCAACAUCAGCACGCCGACUGACCCCGUCGCCACGCUGAUCACCCCGCCACCGGUGGUUCACCAUGGUUCCAUCAUGCUCCAACCGCCAGAGCCAUUUGAUCAUGACCAGAGUUAUCAUCAUCAGCAGGAGGUCGAGCGGCAACACCAACAUCAAAAGUUCGAUGAACGGUCAACUUCUGGGCUCGAAGAGGUGAUCAUGGGAUGCACUUCAAGGAGGACAAAAGGAGUAGGGGAAACAUCAGGUGCCAAGGAUAGCACAGAAUGGCAUUACCCAUCCUUCUGGCCACCUGACAGCCAGGAUCAUCAUGGAUAGAAGAGCAACAUCUCUACCACCUUGAGUGGCAGCCAAUCUUGGAGAGGCAACCAAAAGCAAACCAAGACCCUGACACCAUCAUUCCUACCAUGAUAUGAUCAGCAUACAUACAACAUAUAUAGGCUGCAAGGAGUGGCUUCCAAGAAGCAAACAAAAGGCAAAGUUAUAGCAACAAAAUCCAACACCAACUUUUUACUCUCUCUCUCUCUCUCUCUCGUGUAUCUUUCUCUUCAACCAAUGCGUCUGGAUAAGGGGAUGGAAGUUUCAUUUGAGUGCUCAGAUUUACAUGUCUAAAGAGACAAAGAUGAUGUUGGAGGAAAAGGAAAAGGGAGAAUCCGAAAAAGAAAGGUAGAGACAUAAAACAAAGGUGACGUCACAUAUAAGAACGGUCAGUUAACCGUCGGUUGUACACAGAGAUCGAUGCAAAAUCAUAACCGCAAUCAUAGUUCAUCCUGGACUUUUUUCCUCAAAUUGUCGUUAUAGUCUAAUAAUCAGGGGUCAGGACACCAUUAUACAAUUCAUUGCUUUCUGAUUGUAAUUGUUGGAUUGGUUAAUUAUGCACACCAUUUCUUUUC